AUGAAGUACAUGAAGCAGUCAGUCUGCGGUUGAUUUGAAAACUGACGAGUCUCAACAAUGAGCUUAAAAGAAGGCUGGCAGGUAAAGUAUCAAGAAAAUAUGGCUCCUCUGGGUGAACAUAAAUGGACUCAUGUGUUCCCUUUUCUGGUGGUGUUGCUGGUAUACUCUGCUAAUGCUGAGUAUUCUAACUGCGGUGAAAAUGAAUACUAUAACCAGACCACUGGAAUGUGCCAUGAUUGUCCCCAGUGCAAGCCAGGAGAAGAGCCUUAUAUGACUUGUGGCUAUGGCACCAAAGAUGAAGACUAUGGCUGCGUUCCUUGCCCAUCUGAAAAGUUUUCUAAAGGAGGUUACCAGAUAUGCAGGCGUCACAAAGAUUGUGAGGGAUUUUUUCGAGCCACUGUCAUGACACCUGGUGAUACAGAGAAUGAUGCAGAAUGUGGGCCUUGUCUCCCUGGUUACUACAUGUUGGAAAACAGACCCAGGAACAUCUAUGGCAUGGUUUGCUACUCAUGCUUGUUGGCACCGCCUAACACCAAGGAAUGUGCUGGCAUGACCUCUGGUGUUUCAGCCAUUUUCCCAAGUACCUCUGGCACAAACACGCUCUCGCCUUUUCAACAUGCACACAAAGCAGAUCUUUCAGGACAAGGGCAUCUGGCUACUGCUCUUAUAAUUGCCAUGUCUACUAUAUUCAUAAUGGCUAUUGCAAUUGUCUUAAUCAUCAUGUUUUACAUUGUGAAAACGAAACCUUCUGGUCAAGCCUGUUGCACCAGCCAUUCAGUCGAAGUCCAAGCAAAUAUGCAAGAAGAGAAGAAAGACAUACAAGAAAAUGUUGUGAUUUUCUCAGAGAAAGAGGAGUUUGAAAAACUGACAGCAACUCCAGCUAAGACUGUUAAAAGUGAAAAUGAUGCAUCUUCCGAGAAUGAACGACUUUUAAGCCGUAGCAUGGACAGUGAUGAAGAAGCUGCUGUUGAUAAACAAGGGACCCCAGACCUGUGCUUGUUAUCUUUAGUUCAUCUCACCAGGGACAAAUCUUCUACAAAUAACAAAUCAACUGGGAUUCAAAGUCGAAGGAAAAAGAUACUUGAUGUGUAUGCCAAUGUAUGUGGUGUUGCCGAAGGUCUCAGUCCCACAGAGCUGCCAUUUGAUUGCCUGGAGAAGACUAGCAGGAUGCUCAGCUCAACAUACAACUCAGAAAAAGCUAUUGUGAAAACAUGGCGCCACCUUGCUGAGAGCUUUGGACUAAAGAGGGAUGAAAUAGGUGGCAUGACAGAUGGCAUGCAGCUCUUUGACCGCAUCAGCACAGCCGGCUACAGUAUCCCAGAACUUCUAACCAAACUAGUGCAAAUUGAGCGGUUAGAUGCUGUUGAGUCUUUGUGUGCAGAUAUUUUGGAGUGGGCGCAAGUGAUGCCUUCAUCUGAACCAGUGGUUACAUCCUGAUGUGAGCAUUAUUUCCAACGGAUGUGCAAGAACAUUGAUCCCAAGAGCAAAGCUUCAAGAGCACAGGGCGAGACUUAAAAGAAUCGGUGGUUUUCUCAUACACUACUCACAUUCACUCCAAAGAAUAAAGUAAGGCAAGAUUUGCAACUGAAUUUAUCACCCACAAAAUAAACAAAGGCAAAAAUUCUUCUGAGAAGCUCAACAUGAAAUAUUUAAUUGAACAGAAUGGCUUUUGUUAAACAGUUACUGACAGUAAGUGGACACUAAUCUCCAUUUUCCACAAAGUUUACAAGUACAGGUACAGGUCAAUCUGCUAAUGGCCUGUCUGGCUUUGAAGAAAGCCCAUUUAAUUAUUGUCUGAGAUUAGUUAUAUCACCUGGGUCUCUGUUCAAUCAUUUAAAAUCUACAGUUAGAUACAGUGCCAUGGAAUACAGAUAAGGCAUGCACAUUUCUACCAGCUCUAACACAUGUAAUUGUAACCAAUUUCAUUCUUAUAAAUACUACAGAUUUGUUGAAUCAAGAAGUGCUUAGAUUAACUAAUUAUACUGUAUGAAAAAAGUUACUAAUGGAGUCUACAUGAUCCAAGUGCUUCAAAUGACUGUAUAUAUAAUGUGUUAGAGCAUUCUUGGUUCAUGCAGACAUUUCAGAAAUCAUAAAUGCAAACUGUUAACUGACAAGACAUGCUGGUAAGAAAGGUGGCAGUGAUUGCUCUUAAAUUAAAAGGGCAAUAUUUUUUCUAUUCUCUGUAUUUAUAAACAAACAGUUGGUCGAUUGCAUUCCAAGAUAUUUUGCUUUUUAGGUAUGAAUGACAUCUGCGCUUCCUAAGUUAUAUUCCAAACAGAGGAAUUCCAAACAAAAAUGGUGCAUACUCUGUAACUGCAGAAGACAGAGAGAACAAAAAAGGUAGAUUUAGUAAAACACUCGAAGAAGAAGAAAAUGUAGCAAAUCGAGUGGUAUUUGAAAAGCUGUGCUCUUGUAAAAAUAUGAUAUGAACAUGAACACAGAUUACAGGAUUAAACAAACCAUGGAAGCUUUAUUUUGAGGUUGUCCACAGCAGCAACCUUUCAACUUAUUUGUUUAAAAGUUAACAAAUCUCUAUUUUUCUUGAGAUACUGGGUUUUUUAAACCUAUAAUUGCAGAGGCUAGAAGCCAGUAGCUGUUAACAGCCCAGUUGGUUAAUCUACAGUUCAGUUCAUUGCUAGAAUGGUGACAGAUUUCAGUGAGAGUUAUUACUAAAUUAAAACAAAUUCCAUGACUUACAAAGCAAUACUUUUUAAAUUACAAAUUGCAUGACUGAGCUAAUGUGUUAUAA